CGUAUGGCAGAUCUUAAGUGAGCUUGCAACUGAUUCAAAAGCUCCCCAGCAAGUAUUCCACAUGCUGCCUUGGACAGCUUUUCUUUUACUAUGGUGUCUCUCGCUUUUAGCGCUCCUGACGCUAACUCCCCUCUACAUUCUGAGAUGUUUCUUUCACUUCCCCAUGGUGAAGGCAGAGAUCCUGCACCACAUAGGAGUGAACUUCUUGUACGCUCCUUCGAUUUCAUGGCUUCCCAUGCUUCAAUCAACGCCAUUGACCAGUCCAAAAGAUGCUGCAUAUCAAGUUGUUUGGUUUGUUUUCACAGUUCCAGUCAUGGUGCUCGAAGUUAAAAUAUAUGAGCAAUGGUUUACGAAGCGGUUUCUGUCGAUGGUGGCGAAUCCAUCGAGCCAGAUAUCGGUGUUGGGGAAUUUGGUGGGGGCCCGAGCAGCAGCACAGAUGGGAUGGAAAGAGAGUGCGGUUUUCAUGUUUUCAUUAGGCAUUGUACACUAUUUGGUGCUCUUCAUUACGCUCUACCAACGCCUAUCUGGUGGAAAUUACUUUCCGGUUUUGGGUUUCUUCUUGUUCUUUGCUGCACCAAGCAUGGCAAGUUUAGCUUGGAGCUCCAUUUCAGGAGCUUUUGAUACCCUUUCAAAGUUGCUCUUCUUCCUCUCUCUAUUCCUCUUCACGUCUCUGGCUUGCAGGCCAGCCCUUUUCAAGAAAGCCACGAGGAGAUUCAAUAUUGCAUGGUGGGCAUACUCAUUCCCGCUAACUUUCUUGCUCUCCUCUACUGAGUACGCGCAGGAGGUUAAAGGUCACAUUGCACUCGGGCUGAUGCUUGUGUUGUUAAUUCUUUCCGUCCUCGUCUUCCUCAGCUUGAUGCUGCUCACUGCCCUCAAGAGCCAUAUGCUUUUCAGUAAAAAUGACCCCAUUAUGAGUUUUGCUAAUGAACUGAGGACUGCAGCUAGGCCACACGUUGCAGGAGGCAACACAAAGACUUCAAACAAAUAA